AAACUUACUUUGAUUGCUAUAUUCGGUAUUGAAGAUCCGUUAAGAGAUGGUGUAAAAGAAGCCGUAGAAGAUUGUAAAAGAGCUGGCGUUUAUGUACGUAUGGUAACGGGUGAUAAUAUAUCGACAGCUAGAUCCAUUGCAAUUCAAUGCGGACAAAUUAUCAUAGUUACGUUUGGUGGUGCUGCGUUUCAAACAGCACCACUAAAUAUUAUACAAUGGUUGAUUUGUAUUGGAUUGGGAUUUUUAUCAAUACCAAUAGGUUUUAUAAUAAGAUUGAUUCCAGAUGAAUUUUUAAAGAAAAAUAUAAUUAAGCCUCUAACACCAAAACUAUUAAUCAAAAUGAUUCUUAGUAGAAGUACUAGUGCUAGUAAAGGAACAACAUCUUCUUCCACUACAAGAAAAUCAUCAUCAAUGAAACCAUUAACAAACUCAGAUUAUUCAAGUAAUACUGUUGCUGGUGGUGAUAAUGAAGAUACAUUUGAAGACCAAGAAGAAGUUAUUAAUGCAUUUAAGAAAGUUGAAAGCCAAUUGAAAGUUUUUAAAACAUUGAGGGGUGGGAGAUUUAAAGCACAUUUUGGUGGUAAUGGUGUUGAUAAUAAGCAAGAAAAAAGGUCGGAGGGCUUUCAUGCUGCUGCAAUGUUACCCAGUUUAAUGAGUGUUUCAAUUGUUGGUGUUGGUAAAGCAUCUACAUCAUCAAACAAUAAUAGCCUAGGGAGAAAAUUUAGAAGAAAUAAAAAUGGCA